AUGUCGGUCACCUUCAACCCGGCAGUUAUGGCUUUCUCCGGCCGCAGAGUCAGAGAGGUUUUUCCGGUGAAGCAUGCUACAGUGCAAGGAUCUCCGGUGAUCACCAAUAAGUCAUCUUUCGCCGCGAAAUGCAAUCUUGCUACAGCAGAUUUGAUGGGGAAGAUAGCAGAGAAGUUCAUGGGAGAAGACAGCAAUUUUCCGGCUUUUGAACAUGGGGCGGAUAUACCCUCUUAUCUGUGUAUAAUCGACACCCUCCAAAGGUUGGGAGUCGACCGAUACUUCCAAUCUGAAAUCGACACUAUCCUAAAGGACACAUACAGGUUAUGGCAACAGAAAGAGAGAGAGAUAUUUUCGGAUAUUUUUAUUCAUGCAAUGGCAUUUAGACUCUUGCGAGUCAAAGGAUACGAAGUUUCAUCAGAGGAGCUGGCCCCAUAUGCUGACCAAGAGCGCAUUGACCUGCAAAAAAUUGAUGUGGCUACAGUAAUCGAGCUUUACAGAGCUACAGAGGAGAGAUUAGACGAAGAAGAAAACAGUCUUAAGAAACUACAUGCUUGGACCACAACCUUUCUCAAGCAGCAGCUGCUCACGAAUUCCAUCCCCGACAAGAAGUUGCAGAAACUGGUGGAAAUCUACUUGAAGAACUAUCACGGGAUAUUGGACAGAAUGGGAGUUAGACAAAACCUCGACCUAUAUGACAUAAGUCAUUAUCAAACUCUAAAAGCUUCAGAUAGAUUCUCUAAUCUACGCAAUGAAGAUUUUCUAGCAUUUGCGAGGAAAGAUUUUAACAUUUGCCAAGCCCAACACCAAAAAGAACUUCAGCAAUUACAAAGGUGGUAUGCAGAUUGUAGGCUGGACACCUUGAAGUAUGGAAGAGAUGUAGUGCGCGUUGCUAAUUUUCUAACUUCUGCAAUUCUCGUUGAUCCUGAAUUGGAUGAUGUUCGUUCAGUCUUUGCCAAACACAUUAUUCUUGUGACACGUAUUGAUGAUUUUUUCGAUCAUGGUGGGUCGAGAGAAGACUCCUACAAGAUCCUUGAAUUAGUAAAAGAAUGGAAAGAGACGCCAACUGAAGAUUAUGGUUGCGAGGAAGUUGAAAUUCUUUUCACAGCAGUAUACAACACAGUUAAUGAGUUGGCAGAGAUGGCUCAUGUCACACAAGAACGUAAAGAAUUUCUAAUUGGGCUGUGGGUUCAAAUACUAUCAUGUUUUAAGGUAGAAUUAGACACAUGGAGUGAUGACACUGAACUAACCUUGGAUGGUUACUUGUCUUCGUCAUGGGUGUCAAUUGGCUGCAGAAUCUGCAUUCUCAUGUCAAUGCAAUUCAUCGGAAUUAAACUAUCCGAUGAAAUGCUUCAGAGCGAAGAGUGCGUUGAUCUCUGUAGGCAUGUCUCCAUGGUUGACCGGCUGCUCAACGAUGUACAGACGUUUGAGAAGGAACGCAAGGAAAAUACGGGAAACAGUGUGACUCUUCUACUAGCAGCUAAUAAAGACAACAGCGCCUUCACUGAAGAGGAAGCUAUUACGAAGAUAAAAGAAAUGGCAGAAGUUAACCGGAGAAAAUUGAUGCAGAUUGUCUACAAAACAGGAACCAUCUUCCCAAGAAAAUGCAAAGAUAUGUUUCUGAAGGUAUGCAGGAUUGGGUGUUAUUUGUAUGCAAGCGGCGAUGAGUUUACAUCUCCACAACAAAUGAUGGAAGACGUGAAAUCAUUGGUUUACGAACCCCUACCAAUUCAUCCUCUUGAAGCUAAUAAUGUGAGUGGCAAAUGAAAUGAAUUCUGUCAGCAACUAUUUAAGCUAGAUUACACAUUCUUGUAAAACUAUACUGACUCAAAUUCAUUGAAUGUCACAAUAAGAUGUUACUUUGAUUUCAA